AUGGAUCUACUUGUGCUCUAUGGAAUCAUGAAUGAGGGUACAAUCAAUGUUCUGGGUUCGUUGCUGUCAACCUUCCAGGUUAGGUCUGGGCUGACUUGGGUAGAACACUACUUUGAGAUGUCCAAAUAUGAUGCACAAAGAGCACUCACCAUUUACAAGACCUUUACGAAGCAAACGAACAUGGUUGUCGAAUUCCUUGGGACUGCUCGACAGUAUGAAAAUGCCACACGACUUGAAAUCCCGAAAUUGAAACAUGCGCCCACGAGCUUGACUUCUUCCCUCGAAGAAUAUUUAAAUGACGCAGACUUUGAGGUCAACCGCCGGCAGUAUCUGGCACAUCAGCAAGCCAAGAAGGAUGGUAAGCCACUUCCUAGCUCUACAGAUACAUUCAAGAAGCCCAACGUAAAUUCUGGGUCAGCAUCAAAACCCGAGCUGGAAUCAAAGCCGGGUCAGAAGGAUUUCUCCGCGCCUUUAGCAUCGAAGAGCCCAGCUCCAGACCUCAUAGAUUUUUUCGAAUCAAUAGAGCAAAACCAGCAGCCGAUGGCUGUUCAGCAUCAACAGUCAUUGCCUCAGAUUCAGAAUCCUCAGCAAAAAGGCUUUUUGCCGGAGCAAAACUUUUACUCACAAAACGGACAGCAGUUGCAAGCCCCUCAACAAAAUGGCACUGGUUUCGGCAAUACAAACCCUUUUGGCCCACCUGUAUCACAGCAACUAAUUCAGCAGGAUGGCGUUGGAAUUGGAGCUGGCUUUGGAGGCUAUGCAUCGCAACAAUAUCCUCAGCAGCAGCAGCAGCAGCAACAGCUACCGCAUUCGCAUCCGCAGGAUAUGUUUACAUACACGUCGCAAACGACUGGGUCGAGCUUCCCCUCUCAGCAACAGCCAUUCAGCACAGGGCAAACCUCCUUUGCCUCCUCACAGCAACCUUUUAUGACCGGACAAUCUCAAGCCCAGUCAACGAAUCCUUUUCGGCAAUCCAUGUAUCCACAGGGCACUGGAACAUCCAUGCCAGACUUUCAAGCCUCUCCACCAAUACCCUACCCUCAGAGUCCGCAAUCCACAAACCCUUUCGGUCGUAGUGGCACCAUGCCGCUCAAUAACCAAAACACUAGCUCUCCAUUCACAUCACAUCCGCCUCAACCGCCUCACCAACCAGCUGUGCAGCAAUUGCAGCCCCAGCGUACUGGUACUAAUCCAUUUGCCAGGACUACGCCACAGACGCCACAGAGCCAGCCUCCAGCUCAGUCACUUGUGGCAAGCCAAACAGGAACAAACCCAUUCAGGCAGACUUUGUUUGGGAACCAACAAACAGGCCAGGGUUGGCAAUCUGGCCAGGGGACUAUAGGAGGGUUAGAGCAGCUACCCACAGUUCCUGUAUUUCCAAGAGUAGGUCAGCAGCAACAGCAGCAACAACAGAGUCCUUGGGGAUAA